AUGGGAAAGUACGAAGGAACAUUUGUCGUUGUUGGGGGAGGAAUUGCCGGAGUAUCGUGUGCUGAGACAAUUGCCUUUCUCUAUCCAGAAGAGAAAAUAAUCCUCAUAACAGAGUCUAGACUCAUUAAGUCCGUAACGCAGCUUGUGCCACUCGGAAAAGCCCUGACACGCUUCGAAGUGGAGGAGAAGAGUGCAGAGACAAUAGGAAAAUGCGUUCAGGUGGUCACAGAUCGAUUGGCCGCAGUGAAAAGUCAGGAAAAACUCGUUGUAACUGAGAAUGGUCAUGAGAUCUCGUACAAAUAUCUCUGCCUCUGCACAGGAGCUCGUCCCAAUUUAAUAGAAGAGCACCCACAUAUAAUUGGGAUUCGUGACACAGAAUCAGUGCAGGAAUUUCAGAGAAGGAUCAAGGAUAGCAAGAAAAUUGUUCUCGUGGGAAAUGGUGGAAUUGCCAGUGAGAUUGCCUACGAAGUGAAAGGUGUUGCAAUUGAUUGGGUAGUCAAGGAUAGUCAUAUUUCCUCCACAUUCCUUGAUCCAGGAGCUGCUGAAUACUUCAAGAAGAAUCUGCAGGAAAAAUGCAAUGUGACUGCUGAUAAAGCCACAGUUAAAAGGCUCCAGUAUGGUGAAACGCAGGGAAAUAGUGGAGCAGCCUUGGGUCCUGAUUGGCAUCGAAUGCUCGAUGUUUCCGGAAGUGGACGCAAUCUCCCGGAUUCCGUCAACAUUCACUACGGGUGCGAAGUGAAAAGUGUCCGUGUGGACAAGAAAAAUGCAAACUCACGGGAAAUAAGUGUUGAAUUGACAAAUGGGCAGACUCUUGAGUGCGACUUUGUCGUUUCAGCAACUGGUGUCAAUCCCAGAAUUGAUUACACGGUAGAUUCACCACUGGAGCGUGCCAUAGACGGUGGGAUUUCAGUCAAUGAACUCAUGCGAACAUCCCUGGUGGAUGUUUAUGCGGCCGGGGAUUGCUGUACGGCCACAUGGAAGCCAGCUGAGAAUUGGUUUCAGAUGCGUCUUUGGACACAGGCACGGCAGAUGGGGAUGAUGGCGGGAAAAUCAAUAGCAAUGACCCACAUGAGGCAGGAGGAUGAAAUUGUGCAGGAUUUUUGCUUUGAAUUUUUUGGGCAUGUCACGAAGCUCUUUGGGCAGCAAGUUGUACUACUGGGACGCUACAAUGGACAAGGUUUGGGGACAAGUUACGAAGCUCUGGUGCGGAUUACACCCAAUAGCGAAUACAUAAAACUCAUUCUGGUCAAUGGGAAGCUUCAGGGGGCAAUUCUCAUUGGAGAAACAGGCCUUGAGGAGACUUUUGAGAAUCUCCUGCUGAAUCAGUUGGAUCUCACGCCCUUCGGUAAUGAUCUACUCGAUCCCAACAUUGACAUUGAGGACUAUUUCGACUAGGAAUAGCCACACAAGGAUUUAAUCAUGAUAAUAACAAUGUUCUGUGUCAAUGCACAAUAGGCCCACAUGGGCCGCAGUGCACAGGAGAUGAAAGUCUCCUAGCCCCAUUUAACGUAACGUAUGUUCUGUGUACAUAAUUAUACCCCAAAGAUCAUAGAAAAGAGAAUAAAUUAAGCAGAUUGUACGAAAUUUUAA